AGUGCCUCCGCCUCUGCGUCGUCGCCGCAGCACAACAUGGCCGAACAGAGCGCCUCGUCGCCGCACCAUCCGAACAACGUCACCAUCUAUCAGACGACCGGCCCAGAUGCCCACUAUGGCCCCAUUACAGCCCCGGGUGACUCGGGAACACCACUGCUGAACCCGCGAUCUUGCGUCACCUGCCGGAGGCGCAAGGUGCGUUGCGACAAGCAGAUGCCGUGCUCCAACUGCCGCCGUGCCCUCAUCCCAUGCGUGUUUCCCGCUCCUGGCCGUGCGCCGCGCCAGCACCGGCCCAAGGACCCGAAUGCCCCUCCCAAGGCGACGAGCCAGCGCGAGGUUGAGCUGGUCAAGCGGCUGAAGAAACUCGAGGGUAUUGUCGAGGAAUUGAGCGGCCAGAUCGAAAUCGAGACCGGCGCCAGAGUUUCAUCCACCGGCGACUCGCCCUCUAAUGAAGGAUCACCCAUAGCUCAGCGGGCAAAGUCUUCCAGCUUAAGUGCACUCGCAUCGGGGCUUGUCGACCAUGGCGACGGUCACACGGCCGGGGAUGGCAGUGAAUCACGGCUGUUGAGAGAGAGCCGGAAGCAGUUGGGCCGACUGGUCUUGAAUGACAACAAGGGCACUUCUCGCUAUGUUAGCAGUGGAUUCUGGUCGAGGUUGAACGAUGAGUUGGAUGCCAUUCGCGAAGAAACACAAAAGCUGACCGACGAAGACGCCGAUGAUUCCGAGUUUGAAGAAUCGCCGCCCAUCGACUCACCCACCACUGCUGCGAGCUCCGUCUAUGACCACCAUGCUUUCAUCCUAGGAUAUAGAUCCAUCGAUGUCAAUCUACGAAAAUGCCAUCCUCUGCCCUCUCACGGCACAUUUCUCUGGUCGGUCUAUCUGGAAAACGUAGAUCCGUUACUCAAAAUACUCCAUGUUCCCACCAUGGAGGCUAUACUGCGGGAGGCCCGGCGGAAUCCGGAAAAGCUCUCCCCUGGUAAUGAGACACUUGUUUUCGCGGUGUAUUUUGCCGCUGUUGUAACGCUUGAGGAAGCUGAUGUUCAAACCAAUUUCGGUACUGGUAAAGAGGAAUUACUUGCACAGUUUCGCUUCGCCGUGGAGCAGUCGCUUGCCAAGGCAAACUUCCUAAAUACAUCAGAUUUUACAGUCGUCCAAGCGCUCACGCUGUUCCUUCUCGUGGUCAGACGGCACGACGAAACUCGCUUUGCUUGGUCCCUUACCAGCCUCUUGAUUCGGAUUGCACAAGGACUGGGCAUUCACCGAGAUGGAACCAACUUUGGGCUCUCUCCAUAUGACACAGAGCAGAGACGGCGUCUUUGGUGGGCCAUCCUGACGUUGGACUUUCGUUCCUCGGAAGAAAUGGGCACCGAAUUGAUUGUCGCCGAGGGAGACUUUGAUACUCAGCUGCCUACCAGUAUCAACGAUUCUGACAUCACACCCACGGGCACCCAGCCUCCGGUGGCAAGGGAGGGAAAGUCGGACACGACCAUUUCUCUUGUGAGAUUUGAAGUGUGCGCCAUGUCGAGACGAUUGCACGACGCAACAAAUGUUAAGACCGCGUGUGGCAAGGCCGAAACUAGUACAGUCGCAGAAAAAGAGGAGCUUCUGGUCGAAUUCUACAAGAGAAUCGAAGACAAAUUCCUUAAGCACUUGGAUGAGGAUGUCGACGCUCUUUACUGGGUGGCAGCUAUGAUAUCCCGCAUUAUCAUGGCCAAGAUGUGCCUCAUCAUCUACCAAUCCAUGCUCUUUCCGGGCACGGAUAGUGAGCUUACAACCGACAUCCGCGAGCGGAUUUACGUUGCCUCCAUCGAAAUCAUUGAAUACAAUCACAGACUAAACAUGGAUCCCAGAGGGAAACAAUACCGAUGGCUGUUUAGGACAUAUACCAACUGGCACGCCAUUGCAUAUAUACUAGUUGAGACCUGCCGUCGCCCUUGGACGGCCCUCGUUGAACGAGGCUGGGAGGCUGUCAAUGGGUACGACAACGACCUAUCAGAAAACAUCAAGAGGGCUGAUCAUGCUUCCGUGUUCCUUCCGCUACGUAAAUUAUUCAUCAGGGCCAAGAAAUACCAAGAAUCGGAGGUGGCGCGUCUAAGGGCCAACCCCGAAGAGGCCAAACGAUUGGAUCUCGCGGAGAGGAUAAAGGCGUCUCAGCGGCGAUUCGACCCAAUUCCCGGCGCUGAGGCCAGGAUGCAGCAGGUCAGAGAUAGGUGGAGAGCCAUGGUACGUCUAGAAGGGGCCAUACCAACCCCCUACAACAACUCCCUACAACAAGCGCCAAUGACCCCUCUCAUGUCCAAAGAGGUCCAAUCAUCAUCACAGCAGAUAUUAGCCGGACCACACUUCCAGCCACAGACCAGUGCUGAACCCCAAAUGUCCAUGGACCUCUCUAAUGUCACCAUGGAAUACAUGAAUGAUUUUAUGGCACAGAGCAAUGUGACCAUGGCCGAGCUUUGGAAUGUAGGAAAUGUUGGCAUGGAGAACGGGAACGGCGCUGCUCUAGGCAUGGAUGAGAGGCAGCAGGCAAUGUUGCUGCAAAACCAGCAGCCCAAACAGGAACAUCAUGUUCCACCAUAUCUCUGGCCCGAAUCUUUUGCGCCGACGAGCCAGAAACUCGAAAUGGAAGAUGCAGACAUGCUGGGGGCCGAUUUCAACUGGCAGGAUUGGAGCCAGAGCAUUCGCGGCCUG